AUGGACUCUCACACCCCUGACACCAAUGCCGGACCGCCAAACGAGGCACCUCGCUUCAGCAUUCCCAACCAACGCAUAGUCUCUGUCGAGCAUCCAUGCAUCGUCCAAAAUGUCGACAAAGCAGUCGCCAUGCUAGGUGGGGGCGGCACUCUAUCUGAAGUACUGAACAACGCCUCUCAGAAAACCUUGCCCUUGAUCUUUACCCCUGGUGGUCAGUCCAUCAGCUCCAUCAACAAUCAGGCCAACAACGUCCUCCUGCAGAUAUCGGUCCCCAAGCGGAUCGGAAAGCGGAAACGUGGCUCUCAAGAAUCUUUUCAGUCUGUCACAGAAACCGAAAACAACAAUGCCCAAAGUCUGCUGAGAUCUAUCAAGGACAAUCCAGAGCAAGUCCAAGUUGUUCCUCUUGGCAUGGUCGAGAACAGCCACGUCUUCCGAACAUUGCCAGACUUCAUAUAUUCAACGAAAGACUCGAGCUUCAAGUCAGAAGUCAGCUCAAAGCUGAUCGGCGGAAAUCUGGACUCGAUCAAGACUUUCCAGUUGCCAGGAUCACGCGGUCUGCAGAACACAGAAAUGUUUCCGCCACCCGUGCUGUCAUUGAAUACACUCCCACAAGCGUAUGCCUAUACCGAAAGAACCUCUUUUAAGCCGAAGCAGGGUACCGUGGUUGGCCGCAACACCUCCAAAAUAGCGCACGAUACUGAGCUACAGUGGCCCACAGCCUACGAAAUCUCGAACUCGACACGCCUCGACACGAGACCUCAAAAUAUCAAGGACAUGGCUGCCACGUGCAGGCAGUUGUUCGGCGAGAGACCGAUUUGGUCACUGGAGGCGCUAGCCGCAAAACUUCCGCCCGGAGCACUUGAAAAAGACAUCCGCAUAUCUGCGCUCUACAUCGCAUUCGAGAUCAUGUCCGGACCGUGGAGCAAUACUUUCUGCCGCUACAAAGUAGAUCCUCGAACGUCUCCAAAAUACGCCAAAUACCAGACCAUUCCGAUGGAUCCGCCAAGUCCACCGCAGUCACAGCUACAAAUGCCGCCCGACGACACUACCGAAGCAGGACCUCAGUCACAGCUACCAGUACCGCUCAAUGAUACGACCGAAGCAGAACAGCACCCAAGGCCACUUAUACCGCCUGACGACGCGACCAAAGCAUAUCAGCCUGCUCCAAAGUCAGAUUAUGGACUAUUCGCGUAUCCCGUAGCAGAUACACAACGCACAAUCCAACUGGUCGACAUCGUCGACCAAAAGAUCAGCGACCUCACAUCCCCUCCUUUCCCAGACUCCCUGCGAAACAAGUGCGAGCGCAUCCACCACGGCUGGUACUUCGAUGGCACGCUGGCGAAGAUUCAGCUCCUGCUUCGGGUGAAGCUUAAUGGAGGGCCCGGCGAUGAUGAAUCUAGCAAUAACACAACCGAGCCGGCGGAAAGCAGGGCGAUGGAUUUUGAAGCCAUUCUCGCCCUACCUGAUCAUGCCGACCUUCGCGUGGGUGAAGAUGAUAUCCCAACCCCAGGAGGGUCAAUCAUCAGUGCAAAGAAAUACUGGAGAAGCUGCUACCGCCAGAUCGUACGUGCUGGCAUGGAGAAAGUGCAGAGCAGAGUGGAGGGGCUGGCAGAUAGCAAAGAAGCGGAGCAAACGUAG